AUGAAUGGGAGUCAUAGUGAAAUAGAUAAUAUCCUCAAUAAACUGAACUCUGCUGACCUCGAUCCCAACGCUGGUAAAUGAAACCCCGUAUUUAAUGGUAUAUGCAAUUAGAAAUUGUACUCGGAGCUCCCGCAUGCUUCCUAAAGUAUGCGCAGGAAAAAGCACGUGCAGGCAUUAAAAUCGCAGCGCAAAACUGUUACAAGGUCGCGAGUGGCGCCUUCACUGGAGAAAUCAGGUAUGCUGGCUUUAUAAAGCUCCAGCUGGAGUUUCACACACUUUGAAGACAAAACUGUCGCUUGUAUCAAGAGUGUGUGGUUGUUAUUAUAGAUGUUUUGGAUAUUUAAAGUCACAAUCUUGCAGCUAGCUUACACACAUGGUUUGAUGUGAGUAUUCUACAGGAAAGGACACCGAAGUCUUCUCUCGAAUAAUUUAUCUGCCCGUAGGGUAGUUUUGGCAACCUCAUAUAUAGACAGUGUGUUGCCUUAAAGUGAAGGCAGUCUUGAUUUUAUUGUUAAAAGCGUUUAGAUCUAAUACAGGGAACAGGUUUACCUCCUAAACCAUCGUCGUUUUGCUGCGGUGCCUCUACAGUUUCUGAGGAAAAUAAUGUCCUCAACUACGGCAUUGCCUCCUGGUUUUAGAAGGGUUUCCAUUUCAUAAAAAUGCACUUUUUCUUAUUAUGUUUAAGUGAAUCAGAGUACUGCAAGGGUUUUUACAGCCUUCUGAAGCGAAAGGUUUUUUGGAGUAUUAGCAAACCCAUAAUAAGGAAAAUUUGGUAAUGGAACCGUUAUCACACCAAAGGACUUUCACAGCAGUUCCUUCCUAGAGUUAUCCAGCGCAAAGUUUGUUUUGUCUGUCACGCAUGAAGAACUUUUUGCGCGUGUUGCCUUCCGGCCUCAGUCGCCAUUAAUCUAGACUUUCUCAGAAAUGUGAACUUCGUUCAAAAUUUUGUAAAUUUUUACGAUCAAAAGGUUUCCCAUUCAGUCCUAAUAAGUUUUUCUUAGUGACAGAAGUUAUACAGAGGCUCAGAAGAUAGAUUGAAUUGUAACAUGAGCUUUUGCGCUUGAUAAUAUGUCGCGAUAUGCCCCAGGUUUAUUAAAGGUGCAUCCGCUUUUUCCAUUUCUAUUGUAGCCCUGCCAUGAUUAAGGAUUGCGGUUGCCAGUGGGUAAUAUUGGGGCACUCUGAGCGCCGUCACAUUUUCGGCGAAUCUGACGAGGUUGGUUGUAAACUUUUUUGACGAAGUUGUCGGUCUUAUGGCACGAAAUGCCUCUAGUGUUUUUCCGUUUCUCCUCCUUACAACCAUUAUGAUUUAAAAAUCAUCCAGGUAGUAUUUUGCUUUCUUAUUGAUAAUCACUGAUGUGCAGUCAGCUUUUAAUUAGAACACUGGAACUUCGUUAAAAUAUGUAGAAUAGAAAUUGACAAAAAUGAAUCUGAAAGCGAUCAUGCCGGUCUUUUGCAGUUAGAGUGCUCACAGGAAUCACAGGUUAUAAGUAUCAAAGGAGGGGACCGCCGGUUCGGUUUUAAUUUUCUUUUUCUACGUUAAUAACUGCAAAGAAAUAUAGCAUUGUCGGAAACAUCAGCUGCUUUUUGUUACGGCGAAAGUCCCGCGGUACUUGUAGGCGAAGAUUACGCCAGAAGUUUCAGCAUAGAAUUGUUUUGCAAUUUGCGUUUUUACUGUUCUAAACUAGUUGUUCUGCAAACAUUAUUUAGUGGUCCAGUACUCUUAGAAUUACCGGCUUUUGUGUACUUGGGUAAUUUACCAUUUCGGCAUCUGAGGGUUUAUCAGUCCAUUUUUUCAGCUUCUGCGCCUAUUCACUGAAUUGCCCACACUGUUAGUAACUGUGCCUUUGCCUCUGUUUGCUUUUCUAAGCUUAUUGGCGAAAAAGUGAAACAUGCUUUGGAAGUAGGCCUUAGCGUAAUUCCAUGUAUUGGCGAAGUUUUGGAGGAACGUGAGGCCGGGAAAACCAAUGAUGUCUGCUUUAAACAAAUGGAAGCCCUCGCCAGUACGUACUUUUUAAAAGAUAGUUGCAAAUGCCUUUUAAGUGCAGAUUGGUUUCCGCUAUAACCCCAAACCCGUCUGUCUACAUAUAUUUUCGAACAACUCUGUCUUUUUUGCAUUUAUUACGUUGAUGGACAAUAUUUACAAAUUUUUAGCAUGCCACACUACAACCGGCGUCAAGCGCUUUGUCAUUACACUAAUGUGACGCUAAGUUUUUAAUUGAGUUAUUUAUGGCUUUUGGCCAGUACAUAUCAAUUGCGCUUCAAGCCUUCGAAGUGGGUCAUAACCAUUGCGUCGGGAUAUUACUAUCCGCUUGCCUAAAUGGAGGAACAUUUUUCUCCCCGGGAAAGAUCGAUCGUCUAGUCGUGAGUGGUGAGUUUUUAAGUACAAAAGGACUUCAGCGGCUUACAGACGUUUUCAAACAUCGACAGUGUCCACGCACCCUCUAGCUGUCUACCAAACAAGUAUUUUAACCCACCUAUCUGCUCAGUAAUGCUGUAGGAUUCAAAUGAUUGUUACGGUAUGCGGGGCCUCGCCGUCUUUGUUAGUUGCUUUUAAAGUAAACGUUCUGUCUAAAACAUUCGUGGGUGUGCCAAUAAAACGGGAUCCCACCGAUGUGUAUUCUUCUAAAUAUUGAGAGUUUAACUGCCACGGAAGAUGGUGUCCGCCGUGUGCUUCAGCACGAUGGGCGCAGGUAUGAUGAAUUGGGUGCAGAUCAGUUUAUGGGGAUGGCAGACUAGUGCAGCUUCUGCCUCACUCUCCCCUCCCUAACCCUCCUAGGCUUGAUGCGCAGGGUAAGUUGGUGAUUAUGGAGGUGGUGGUUGUGACGAUGCUGCUAUUGGCGACAUCACCAAUGGUGGUUGAGGGUUUUCGGGUGUUCGCGGUGGGUUUGAAGUUUUGACAUUGCGGUGAAUACUGAUGUCGUGGAUGAACAUGUGGGUGUGUAGGCCGACACAGUGAUGAGUAUGCCUUGGCGGUAUGGCCAUUUGCAAUGAGUGCGCCAGGUAUAUGUUGGUGUUUUUAGCACUGAGUCGCCAGUUGCAGUGCAACAGAUUCCCAAGUGACCGACCAGGCCAUGCGUUGUGUGCACGUCAUGUCCCAAUGUGGACACGUUUUGAUGUUUGGAGCUGCGGUGAUGGUGGCGAUGGAUGGCGAAAUAUCGGGAGCGUUGUCAGUGGUCGAUUCUGAGCCAAGUCUUCCUUGGUUCCCCGAAUGAUUUGCAUAUUGUCGUGGUUGUCAGGAUGUCCUAGCUCCUUUUUGCCCUCUUUAUCUCCGAGCGUCCCAAACGUCAUAGCCUUAGAAGAGUCGCUUGGUUCAGCACCUGUCAUUCGUCCUCCUCAAGUGGGCAUUCCAGACCAGUUAUAAUUGCCGUAGAUGUUGAGAAUUCCGGUAAGUUCUAAAACUUCAGUGCCCAGAAUCCUUUCCUACUAUCUCGUUUUUUAUAUUCUUGGGAGGCAUUUGGCGUAAAAGUAAUUCAGACCCCUCGCUUGGUGGGCGUAAACUCUCCAUGUCUUCGCCCGUUGUGCAGUGUCGCAAGACCACCGCCAUAUACACCUUAAUUUUGGUGUUGACUUGAAGUCUGCGGUGGUUUCAGGCCAAAGCCUGUAGCAGACCAAGUGUUUGGCUGACUUUGAAGAUCCGGAAUGCCAUUGGUCCUGACAUUCCGUUGGAUCGGGCUGUCUGCAUAUUCCAAUUUGUCUACAGUAAUGAUUGGAACUUCAUUGACAGUAAUGUGAGGUUGUUUGAAGUCCGUAUCUGGCGCCGACUGAGUCAUGACCACCGUCUUCUCCGCCUUGAUAGUCAAAACUGGCUUUGACGCCACGGAAUGCGAAGAGGUUUUUGCUCUCCUACAUGGCCGCGCUCUUUACUUUAUUUAGUGCACAUUCAUCCGCGAACAGAGGGUUUUGGGUGCUGGUCUGGAAUAUUCUUGGGCGUGAUUACAUGCGCCGUGCGUUGGGCAGUUUUCCGUUGAAUCGGGAGGGGAUGUUGACUUUUGGCCGCUUCUCAUGGCAGGCGUCUAUGAGUAUGGGGGACAACAUGAGACUUAAGAGAGUGACGCCGAGUACACAACCUUACCUCGCUCCAUUGACCACUGUAAGUGCUUCUGACACUGCUUCAUUUUCCGUGUCAUGAGUCAUCAUUCCACCGCGCAGAUGGAGUACCAUAUGUCUGAAGUGCUCCGGACAUCCGAAUUUUAGCAGGAUCCUCCAGAUUCCAUCGCCUUUGUCAGGUCUACGAAAGUAGUCUACAGACUUCUACGCAUUUUCUGGCCCUUUUCUUAUGGUUGGCAGAUGGUAACGAUACUGCGACUUCUUCGGAAUUCACAUAAGCUUUCUAAGAGUUCUUUUUCUGAGUGGGUGUUCGGGCGAUUAUGGAGGACAGGGGCAAGAAUUUUCUCUGUGCUGUUGAGGAGGAAAGUGUCUCGAUGCUUUCCACAAACUUGACGGUUGCCCGUGCGUUUGCAAAAUUGUACAAUAAUGGCGUCCUUAAAGCCCCAAGGAACUUGUCUCUGUCGCCGUAUCCUCUGAAGGAGUGCUAUAAGUUUGUCUAUCAGGCGAGGGAGGUCGUGACUGUAGACCUCGACCGGGAUUGUGUCGGGUCCCGCUGCUUUCCCUCUGGAGAGCUGUUGCUCGACUCUGGUUGUCUCUAAGUAGGAAUGCGGACGGUUCAGGUCUGUGUUGAUUUCCACUUCGGAAAACCUGUCGAUGGCGUCACUGGAGACUGCGGGUGUGUGAUUGGGUGUGGUUCUGUAGUGCUCAGCCCAAUGCUUCAGAAUCAGCGAUUUCUCCACGUGCGGCGUUGUUAUGUUGGAGCUGAGCAGUGGUGUGGAUGUUUUGGAAUGAAGACCGUAGAUUUUUCUAAUGGAGGCGAAGAAAUUCCUAGGUAUUUGCUGUGCACGUCACAUUGCCUUUCCAUAGUCUUGCGGUUUAUCCAGUCGUUCUUCAUCUUCCUCAGUCGCUGCUGAACCGGGCGUCGAGGAUGGGAGAAGGGAACCUUUUUUGCGCCAACCAUGCGGCUCAUGCAGGCCUUGGGCAGCCUAUUCUUUCCUGGGAAACGAUUGGUGAUUUCUCAUUGCUGUCGAAUCAGUCCUGGCGUUGGCGUCGUGGACGGUCCAAAGCAUCCAUGGCGGUUGAAUGGACUGAGCUCCGCUGUUGACAUCAUUUAUCUCCAAGUUGAAGUUGUCUUUUGAAGUCUGCUGUUCUUUCGGACAAUGAGCCAGUUGACUGUUAAAAUCUAGGCAGACAUCGAGCGCAUUCUACAGAACAGUACUUAACCUACCUGGCGGUCACUUACCUUAUGGACCAUUGCGAAAUCUCAGUCAGAACCUCGCCUUGAAAAUGACGAAACGGGCAUCGUUCAGCCAUCGGUGUCGCAGGUCGCCUUAGCCACAAGCACGCCCUGUUAAUCUCGCCUCCAGACGAGAACGUAAUCCAACAGUUGUCGGCGCCGCGAACAUGGGCAUAUCCAAGUCGCCUUCUCUGGCGCUGGAAGGCGGGCGAAAGUAUUGGUGAGUAGGCAGCGCUCUGCUAAGUCUGCAGAAGGGGGUUGUUGUCGUUGCAGACCCCGAUUCUGUGAGGACCCGACAAUUCCUCCAAGUCAUUGUGGCCUGUUCCGAAGCGAGCAUUGAUGUCACCGAAUACAGUUAGCUUGCGCGCCAUCGGCAUGAUCACCAGAAAGGCGUACAGAUUUUUGUAGAACUUGUUCUUUAUCUCGCUGUAAUUAUUCAUUUAGGAUGCGUUGGCCCUGAUGACGGUGGCAAAUUUGGCUCCCCGAGGAGGCAGGCGUAGGUCAUGAGGCGGUCGCUGAUGCCCUGCAGUGGACGGGGCGAUUGUCUAACGAUGUCAUUUUGGGUGACAAAGGGGACGCCAGCGUCGCUUGGUCAGGCUCCAGAAGAAAAUGCAGUCGGCACCCAUGUUCUCCAGCUGACCCUAUCCGGAUAGUCGUGUCUCGCUGAUAGCAGCGAUGUCCACCUUGUGACGUACCAGGUCUUGAGCGACGAGCGCCGUCCUCCUUUUGGGUCGGUCGAUCUGUGAUGUGAACACUUCCACGAGCCAAAAUCUUGUGAGAAUUACCUUGUCCGUAUGGCCAACUUUAGGGAGUCUCGGCGAGAAAGCUUACAACUUACAAUCAAAAGUUGCGGUUGGGCAGAAUUCUCAUAAUCUGACUAUGCGGAUGUAGAUAGGCUUUCGUUUCAGUAAAUACUCGUUUAUUUAUCUGUCUCGUGAUUAUCUCAUGCCUUCACUAGCAAGCUUUAAGUUGGACAGGGGAUAUAGGGCUGUUCUCAAUACAUUCUUCUAAAUCCUAGUUUGCAUUCGUGCGCCUCGGACGCCAUGACUUUUAGCAGCAACAUGUAAGUGGACACGACAAACUCCGAUUUCACUAUAUGGGCCAUAUUAUUGUGGUGAGCUACCUAGGACAGAGAAGACUAUGACAGCUGCUGUUUGAAGUUUGUUUAGAUCUCCCCUCCGCGCUCGUACUCUCGACCAAAAUACAGAGUAUUCCAUAAUCCUUGUAUUCAGAAGGAGUCAUACGUUUCUGUCGUUCCAUGCCCACGGCUGCCCCUACUCCCAGUGGUUGCUUCAACUCCAGUCCAGUCUGCUUGCAUUGUCAGGCCUUUUUGGGUUGAGUCAAAUCAUUGUCUUCUCGCUCGUGGUCCUUAGCUUCUCUGGAAAUUCGCCUACAUCCUCAUUAAUUGCACUUCAGGCAUUUCUCCUCAUGUCGGCUCGAGCGGUGUUUUGAAAACUCGAACUUGCGGUUAAUUCCUCGUGGACAGUUUGGCGUAUUUUGGAUACACACCCCUCCCCUUAACUGUUUUUUGCCUUAUGCAACUAACAGCUAUAAUUGCGUUCUGCUUCCUAGGAAGUGUCUACCCUUUUCCGUCGUUAAUUCGUAAUAUUUUACCUCCAAUGUUCAUUCUUAUUAACUUUGCCACCCUGCGGGGUUCUGACCCACCUUUCGUGGUUUCUCGACCCCGGUUUUUCUAUUGCAAGAGAAAGUUGUUUUGCAAAACAAGGGCCAGCUAAGAUCGUUUCCAGUUUCGCCAAUCUCAUAUGAUCCCCUGCAUUGUCUCCCUUAUCAGAGAAUAUAAGUGGAGCCCAGUGGGAUCGUGUUGUCAUCGCGUACGAACCUGUUUGGGCUAUUGGCACCGGGAAGACGGCCACCCCCGCUCAGGCCCAAGAAGUUCACAAGGCCGUUCGUGAUUGGAUUCGUGACCAUGUUGACCCCAGUGUCGCUACUAAGGUCAGGAUUCUGUAUGGAGGUGAGUGACUUUUUCUAUUGUCGUCUGACCCAGCCUUCCGUUCAACUUCCCUCUAGAGUCUUUUUGUCAGUGAAAUUUACCUUUGUUCGUAGCGUGCAGAGGAAAUUAGUAUAUUAUCAUCUAUCAGCUGCUUUUUUAAAAUGUUAACAGGCUGGAAAACCCUGACUGCCUUGCAUUUUACGCAGACGAAGUUAUCAUCAGGGGAUUAUCUGGAUAUCGUGCACCCCCACCCGCCUUAUUCUUGUUGACAGUUCUUGUUUGCUCUAUUCUCUGAAAACCUAGGUUCGGUGAACGCCGGUAAUGCAAAGGAACUUGGAAGUCAGCCGGAUGUUGAUGGUUUCUUGGUUGGCGGUGCUUCCCUGAAACCCGAAUUUGUUGAUAUCAUCAACGCGAGGCGAUAA